ACCUUCUAGGUGUCGAUGACCACACGGGGCUGGCCCCUGCGUUCAUUCGUCACCUGCUACGCUCGAAACCCAAUUCAGCUUCGUCUCGAUCGGCUUUCUUCCACUUCACUUAACGCCCGUGGUGGUUUCGCCAGAUCCACCCCAUUUCGCUGCGCAGUUUUUUCCUUCGAAUCACAACGAACCCUUCUCCCUCUCUAUCUUUCUUCUUCGUCUUCUUGUUGACAUUUCCUUUCCUUAUCCCUCAUCCCCCUCCCCAAGCUGCGUGUGGUCAGCACCCGCUUGCGUUCAGUAAUGUCCCGACUGUGACCCCUCCCUUUGCGAUCGCGGAUCUUGUUUACCUUCCUCAUUGGAAGCCUUGAGAUAGAUCUGUGGUGACGAGCCCGACUCCUUUUAUCGGAAAGACAGACGACUUUCAGAUGAGGAUGGCUCCCCAUGCCACGCAUCUAUUCGCCGCUCGGCCCAUUGUGCUGAGUCUGGCCAAAGUCAUCUUCUUCGCCUUCUCUCGCCUUCCGCUGGCAACAGCAGCCCCAAUGCUGUCGCCCUAUCUCAUUUCCUCACAUCGCGAGGCCGAAUCUCCUAAAGAACCCGACGAUCCGAGUUUGUGGCUGUACCUGGGCAUUUCGGCAGCCCUGGUGUUGAGCGGUGGAGCGUUCGCGGGACUUACAAUUGCAUUGAUGGGCCAGGACGAAGUCUACCUACAGGUGAUCCAGACGUCUGGCGAAGAAUCGGAGAAGAAGAAUGCCGCUAGUGUCUUGAACCUGCUCAAGCGGGGAAAGCACUGGGUGCUGGUCACUCUUCUCCUCAGCAACGUGAUCACCAAUGAGACUUUACCCAUUGUCCUGGAUAGGACCCUCGGCGGUGGGUGGCCAGCUGUGCUGGGAAGUACAGCCUUGAUUGUCAUUUUCGGCGAGAUCGUUCCUCAGUCGAUCUGUGUUCGAUACGGUCUACCUAUUGGGGCAUGGAUGGCUCCGUGCGUCCUGGUUUUGAUGUACGUCAUGUCCCCGGUAGCCUGGCCCGUGGCCAAGUUGCUCGACAAGCUGCUUGGCGAAGAUCACGGGACCAUUUACAAAAAGGCCGGAUUGAAGACCCUCGUCACCCUUCACAAAACAUUGGGAGAGGCCGGAGAGCAGCUGAACUCUGAUGAAGUGACAAUCAUAUCCGCCGUACUUGAUUUGAAGGAGAAAUCCGUGGGCACAAUCAUGACGCCGAUGGAAGACGUGUUCACAAUGUCCGCGGACACUGUCCUCGAUGAACGCACCAUGGACCUGAUUCUGUCCCAAGGAUAUUCUCGCAUUCCCAUCCACGCACCCGACAACCCGAUGAAUUUUGUGGGCAUGCUACUGGUAAAGAUGCUCAUCACCUACGAUCCCGAAGAUUGCAAACGUGUCCGAGAAUUUGCAUUGGCGACCCUGCCAGAGACACGCCCGGAAACAAGUUGUCUGGACAUUGUCAACUUUUUCCAAGAAGGAAAAUCGCACAUGGUGCUCGUUUCCGAGUAUCCAAGCGAGGAUCGUGGGGCCCUGGGAGUGGUCACCUUGGAAGAUGUCAUUGAAGAAUUGAUCGGCGAAGAAAUCAUUGACGAAUCGGAUGUCUUCAUUGAUGUGCACAAAGCCAUUCGUCGCAUGGCACCAGCACCCAAAAGCCGAGUGCCCAAGGGCCAAAUCGUCGAGGAGCCACCUAUGGCAACUUCCCUUAUGAAGAGCGAGCUGGACGAAACGGAUCAAUCCGCACCUGUCACAAGACGAAGGUCUUCGGACCUACCUCGCCGUCGAAGCUCAGUGGAAGCCCCUCCUCCACGCUUCCAACUCCGCCGACAAAAUGGAGAUCAGCCUUUAGACUCCCAUGACAACUGGUUCACACAGAGAGGUGCUACGGAUGAGAUUCGGGAGCACCUGAAACAUCUUGGUCCCUCUAACCUCGCAAGUCGACCACGUCAGACGCGCUACACCUCCGUCAAGAUCAAACGCAGUGGUGCCUCACCAUCUCGCUCGGCCCACACAGACUUUGAGUCCGGACAAAGUGCAUCUGAUUCGCAGCGUGGCCUUCAGGGAGGGGUCGGUGCUGGCCUCGUCAGUUCCGGUGCCGAUGCCAAGGAUGGUGCUCAUGCUCUCAAACUCGGAUAUGGUACGAUACCCGCGCAUGAUCAAGUCACCAAGGCAACAAAUGCCCAGCAAUACAUAGACCUGCCGCACGUUUCCAUCCCUGAAGCCGUUCGCGAAGAGCACGAAGAUCUUAACCGGUCUGCCUCAACCCACAAUAGCAAGAGUAAGACCAGCAGUGGCACAGGGAGCAUCCGUUCAACGGACUCAAAGUCUGCCGAAUUCAUAUACCACCAUCGCGGUCCCACCCGCAGCGGCAGCAUCACGGAGCAAAUCGUGGACGUGAACGGCAUCCGCAAGGUCGUUCUCCACGCCAACUACAGCAGCUCUUCGGAGGGUGAGGCUGGAGUGUCCCCUCGCCACACCGGUGAUAUCUCUCCCGUCACCAAGGACAGUGCUACAAACACUACAAAUACAACCGACCUGCAAACCUCAGCGCACGAAUCUCAACACAAGAAACGUCGCCGUAAGAAGAAGCAUGGCAAGCACCACAAGUCUACAGGUGGUGGCGGCGCUACAGAGGACCAGCCUCUCCUGCAUUGAAUGUACAUGCUACCACUCCUUGAUCAACCAUACACCGGCAUCAUUCUCAACUAGCGAGAUUAUGCCCUCUCAAUCCAAUUCUCAUUUCUCCUGCAAACCUUUCUAAUUUAGUGUUCAUCUUAGAGAACUAGAGUAGCU